AUGAAUUUGAGCGAGGUAUGUAGACUUUGUCUAGUCAAGUCUAUGAAAACGUGUGAGGAGCUAUUCUUUCCAAUUGAUGAGGUUUUUGAGAAGAAAUUCAAUGAAGUCACAAGUUUAACAUUGGACAGUUCCGAGCAAUUCCCGUCUACAAUCUGUAUAUCAUGUGUCACAGAGUUUGAGGAUUUCUACAAUUAUAGAAGUGGAUUGAUGCAAAAGCAAAGAAGAUUAAAUUUGUUAUUAGGGAUAAAGGAAGAAAGUGCUGUCAAACCUGAAUUUACAGUCAAAAAGCAAUUAGAGGAUAUCCAAAAUGAAUCUCAAUAUGAGGAAAACCUACUAGAACAGGAAGAUGAAUUAGAUGAAAAUAAGCUAUACGAGAAUCCAGAAAUGGAAUAUGAAGAAAAUGAAAUCGAAUAUCAAGAACAGGAACACGAUGAUAUUAAUGAAACUGACAAAAUGAUGGUUUUUGAGGAAGUGCUUGAGCACGAAGAAGAAAAUGAAGGCGAGACAUACGAGGUAGAAUUAUCAGAAGAAAGUCACGUUUAUGUAAGAGAUUGUGAUGUUGAGGAAUUUGUAGAAUCGACAGAUGAGUGUGUAGAGGAACUAGAGCAUGUAGAUGACGAGCAAAUCCUUUUUGCCAUAAAAGAAGACGAUCUUAGUGAUAAUUGCAUAAUAGUCAAGACAGAAGACAGUUACCUAGAAAAUAUAUCAAUCGGAAAACAGAAACGGAAGUACAUUAAGCAGGAAAAAGAGAAAGAAAAGCUUUUUAAGUGCUGGAUGGAGAAUUGUAAUGCAGCAUUUUCAUUCAGAUCCACAAUGAAGAAGCAUAUGACACAAAUGCAUAUGGUUGUCUGUGAUAAAAAGACAUGCUUAAUGUGUGGCAGGCAAUUUGAGGAAUAUUCAGAUUUCCUUAAUCAUGUAAAGAAGCACACAAGAAAGUCAGAAUGUCACAUUUGCAAAUUGACAUUUGUGUCUGAAGAAAAAAUGCAAGCACAUCUCGAAAGAGUCCACAAAAAUGAUCAGAAUGAGCGCUCAUUCCAUUGUCAUUUAUGUGAUGCAUCGUUCAAGCGGAAAGAGCAUGUAAAUUCGCACAUUGUAUACAGGCACACAGAAAAUCGUCAAUUUUCAUGUAAAGACUGUACCUCAACGUUCCUAACUCGACAAGAUUUAAAGAAUCAUGAAAAAUCACAUCAGCAACUAAAGAAAAACUGUGCGUACUGCACAUAUGAAUGCCGUGAUUUAAAGUCUAUAAAGCUUCAUUGUCUAAAACUCCACAAUACGACUAAAAUCUAUAAAUGUGCAUGCGAGGAAGCAUUUGACAUGCACAAAGAUUAUCAGAGCCAUAAGAAGAAUUGCUAUAGCGUUGUUGACAGCACGACAACAGAAUAG